UGUCAAAUUUGACAAAGGACGAAAACCACUGACGUCACUUUUGCCCGAAUUUGUGUAUUUAAAAUUUAUCAUAAUUUAAGAGAGCUACGAAUAUAUUUACUGAUCACUAAAAAUGGCAGACCCAAAAUACGAAAAUUUACCAGGCAUAGCUUACGACCAGCCUGAUGUGUAUGAAACCGGUGAUUUACCUGAAGCAGAUCAGCCGGAACCCUUUGAGGAAGAAGAGAACGAAUCUAUCGAAACACUGCACUUGUCUGUGAAGGAUUCCUUCAAUAACUUCAAAGGGAAGUUUUUGACUGGUGCAGUAGAUUUCUCUGACCGCUUGAGCAGAAAAAGCAGGAUUGGGUACAGGGCUGGUGAAUAUGAGCUGGCAGCCGAGGGUGAGCCGGAAACAGUCUUGGAGCGCUACAACAGACUGCGGUGCGAGUUCUCAGACCUGCUGGAGCAAGUGGCUGAACAGCAGAAUAAGGCUACGGAGAGCGAGAAGGACGAGUACUCGCGCCUGGCGACUCAAAUAAACGCCACAAAGAAGAUUCUGGAAGAGCUGAAGCUUGAGGAGGGAGAACAUGUUGAUCCCACAGCGGAAAAACUCAAGGAGUAUUUAGCUCAAGGUGGUAAAAAGAAGCAGCCGGGUGUAGCUACCGCUAGUCUCAAGUUGAAACCAGAAGUGAACCUCGCGCAAACCACCCGCAUCGCUCAGCUGGAGCACAGGUUACACAAGUUGGAGCAAGCAGCGGGCGUCAGAGACGAAGAGGCUUUCCGAAGACUGCAAGCUGCAACUGGAGAGGCGACGCUGUGCGGUGCGGCCGCCACGUUAGCGGCGCAGACCUCCCUGCUGCGGCCCGCGGAGCUGGCGGCGGCGGACGCGCGCGCCGCGUCACUGCUCGCCAACGUCGACGCCAUACGCGCCGCCCGCGUCGCUGACCCCGAGCUCGACGCCAAGAUCAACGAGUUAUACAAAUUAGUGCAGCAGAUCGACGGAAUAUCACAUUCAGAGAUCCUGGAGAGAAUGGAAGCGCUCGAAUCUCUUCACAAUCAAGCGAGCAAUUUCGGCAAAUCCCUAACGGAGCUAGAAACGCUACAGAGCACCAUCGCGUCGGGCGUCAAAAACAACAAGGAGCUAUUACAAGGCGUGCAAGAGGUGUUUGCACACAACAUCGACAGCCUUCAGAAGGAGAUCAAGAAACUGGACGACCGCAUCGGCAAACUCGCCGCGUGAUGAGGCGGCCGCGAGGUUACAAUGGCAACUAUUAUUUAAAUUUAUGUAGUCAAUGAAUAUAGUCUUACCACGACAAUGGUACUUACAUAUUGGCUAACGUACAGUCAAGUGUAAAAAUAUGAGUGUACACAUCUUACUCAAAAAUAUGUCCUAUAUCAUCUUAGUCCGGUCACCGGUGUAAUAAGAGCGUAGUACCAUAUUUAUG